AUGGAUUGGCAACCUAACCACGAGUCGUUGAAGACUCUCGCAGCAUGUCUCCGGGACUCGCUGAGCGGCUUCGACAAGGCCGCGCAAAAACAGGCCGAGAUUAUGCUGGCUCAAGCGAAAGCGAACCCCGACAUCAACAACUACUUGGCCUACAUUUUCUCGAGCGCCGAGCCAUCUCCCGGUCUGACGCUUUCCGCGAGCGACUGGCACAUGGUUCGCUCGGCCGCCGCUAUCAUGCUCAAGAACAACGUCAAGUCAAACUACAAGCAGAUACCUGAAUCUAGCCUCACUUUGAUCAAGCUCGCCGUUCCCUUAGGUAUUCAGGACAAGAACUCGCAGAUCCGCAGCUAUGCGGGCAACAUCGCGACCGAGAUGAUUCGCCGGGGAGGCCUUUACAGCUGGCCCGAGCUCUUACAGGAACUGUUGAAGCUCCUUACCAAUCAGACAGGCCAAGUAUCGAACGAGGCCCAAGAGGGUGCCAUGGCGGCUAUGGCCAAGAUUUGCGAGGACAACGCCAAGUUGCUGGAGCGCGAACACAAUGGACAGCGGCCCCUAAACUUCCUCCUGCCUGAGUUUAUCCGGGCGACCAAGAGUCCCCUUCCCAAGGUCCGCGCCCAGGCGCUGACGGCUAUCAACGUCUUCACCCCCCGGAAAUCCCAGGCCAUGCUCAACUCGAUCGACGAUCUCCUACAGCAUCUCUUCUACCUCUCUGAGGAUUCCGUUUCCGACGUGCGGCGCCAGGUCUGCCGCGCAUUUGUUCGUCUCGUCGAUGCCAGGCCAGACAAGCUUCUGCCCCACCUCGGCGGACUGGUCGACUACAUAAUCGCACAACAAAAAAGCGACGACGAGGAUCUUGCAUGCGAGGCGGCCGAGUUCUGGCUCACCGUUGGCGAGCACGAUAGCCUAUGGAAGAAUCUAGAGCCUUACAUCCAGAAAAUCAUCCCCGUUCUGCUCGAGUGCAUGGUGUACAGUCCAGAAGAGAUCGCGACACUAGGCGGGGCAUCGGAUGAUGAGGAUGAAGAGGACAGGGAAGAAGACAUCAAGCCUCAGUUUGCCAAGAAAAACCUGAAGCGCGGCGCCAACGGGGACAUGUCUGAAGGUGCAAACCAGACAAACCAGAAUGACAACGCGUUCGAAAGGCUGGCGAGCAUGGACGAAGACCUCGAGGAAGGCGAGAUUGACGACUUGGACGAGGAAGGCGACGAGAACCCGGACGAGAAGUGGACGCUCCGCAAGUGCUCGGCAGCCGCUCUCGAUGUUUUCGCUACCGACUUUGGCGGUGCCGUCUUUACUUCCAUCCUGCCCUACUUGCAGACAAACCUGAAGCAUUCAGAUUGGCCGUACAGGGAGGCUGCUGUCCUGGCGCUCGGUGCGGUAGCCGAGGGCUGUAUGGACGUCGUCAUUCCCCACCUGCCGGAGUUGAUACCCUAUCUCAUCAGCUUGCUCGAGGACCCCGAGCCCGUCGUUCGCACAAUAACAUGCUGGACGCUCGGUCGGUAUUCGGCGUGGGCGGCUAACCUGCGAGAGGCUGCCCAAAGACAAACUUAUUUUGUGCCCAUGAUGGACGGUAUCCUGAGGAAGAUGCUCGACAAGAACAAGAAGGUGCAGGAGGCCGGCGCUUCAGCCAUGGCAAACCUUGAAGAGAAGGCAGGGAAGCGCCUCGAGCCGUUCUGCGGCCCCAUCAUUCAGCAGUUUGUCUUGUGUUUCAGCAAGUACAAGGACAAAAACAGAUGGAUCCUGUAUGACUGCGUCCAAACGUUGGCCGAGCACAUCGGACCCGUGCUGGCUCGGCCAGAGCUCUGCAACCAGCUGAUGCCCGCCCUCAUCGACCGGUGGCAGAAGGUGCCGGAUCAAUCCCGGGAACUGUUCCCGCUUCAGGAAUGCCUGUCCUAUGUCGCAGUGGCGCUUGGAGACGCCUUUACCCCAUACGCCGAGCCCAUCUUUGCGCGCUGUGUCAAUAUCAUCCAUCAGAACCUGGAACAAUCCAUCGCCGCCACCAACAACCCCGACUUUGACCAGCCUGACAAGGACUUUUUGGUUACCAGCCUCGACCUGCUCAGCGCCAUCAUCCAGGCUCUCGACGACACCAAGGCCGUCAAGUUGGUUGAGAACAGCCAGCCAGCCUUCUUCGAGCUUUUGAGCUUCUGCAUGGAGGACCCGGCCGAUGAGGUGCAGCAAUCAGCAUACGCCCUUCUCGGCGACUGCGCGAAAUUUGUGUUUGAGCAGCUGAAGCCCUUCCUGCCGUCUAUCAUGACCAUCUUGCUCAAGCGGCUGGACCUGGAGACUACAUUGGACGAGGAGGUUGAAGGAAUCUUCAGCGUCGUGAACAACGCCUGUUGGAGCGCGGGCGAGAUUGCCAUGCAGUACAAGAAGGGCAUGGCACCGUUUGUGCCCGAGCUGCUCCAGCGCUGCGUCGAGAUCAUUUCCAACCCCUCUGUGCCACCCGGCGUCAACGAGAACGCUGCCAUUGCGCUGGGCAGGCUAGGUCUAGACAAUUACGAUAUUCUCGCGCCACACUUGCCCAAGUUCGCUCAUGAGUUUCUGACGUCCAUGGACGAUGUCGACCCGUCGGAGGAGAAGGCGACAGCGUUCAAGGGGUUCAGCAUGGUGGUGGCGCAGAACCCGCAGUCGAUGGAGAAAGAUCUUCUUCAUUUCUUCACUUCGAUCGCAAGAUACCAGGAUCUGAAGUUGAGCAACCCCAUCAAGAGGGAGUUGCAUGAUGUUCUCCAGAACGUCAUCAACAUUUACCGGCAACUGAUCCCCCAGUUCAACGAGUUCGUUGCCCAGCUGCAGCCCGAAGAUCAACAGGCGUUGAAAUCGACCUAUGGGGUGUGA